AUGGCUGUUCGAUCCGCUUUCGACCCCAAGGACAUGGUCUUUCGACACCUAGGUCCAACUGGUUUGAAAGUGUCUGUUCUCUCGCUCGGUGGUUGGUUGACCUACGGAGGGACUCAGAAGGGAAACAUCGUGAAGGAAUGCAUGCAAACCGCCUGGGACCAUGGCAUCAACUUCUUCGACACUGCUGAGGUCUACGCCAAUGGCCAGUCCGAGAUUGAAAUGGGCAACGCGCUGAAGGAGCUCAACUGGCCUCGUGAUGAAUACGUCCUGUCCACCAAGAUCUUCUUCGGCACUGGUCGCAAGGAGCCCAACACUCGUGGUCUUUCCCGGAAGCACGUUGUCGAAGGGCUCAAGUCGUCCCUAGAGCGUCUCCAACAACCCUAUGUCGACAUUGUCCUGGCUCAUCGUCCGGAUUACGCCACGCCGAUGAAGGAGAUCGUCGAAGGCUUCACCCAGGUCAUCUGCAACCUCAACCUCGCGUACUACUGGGGAACCUCUGAGUGGUCGGCGGCCCAGAUCACCGAGGCCACCCUCAUCGCGGAGAAGUACAAUCUGAUUGCUCCGAUUGCCGAACAGCCACAGUACAACGCCUUCCAUCGUGAGCGCUUCGAGGUCGAAUACGCCCCACUGUUCAAAGAGUACAAGUAUGGUACGACCAUCUGGUCUCCGCUUGCUUCUGGUCUCUUGACCGGCAAGUACAAUGACGGCAUUCCCAAGGGAUCGCGAUUUGAUAACCACAAAGACUUCUUCGGCAGCACGAUCGAGGCCCUCCAGAAACCCGAGGGCCAGGCCAAGAUCGAGAAGGUCAAGAAACUCACCAAGAUUGCCGAGCGUCUGGGUGGGAACAUGUCGCAACUCGCGCUCGCGUGGGCCGCAAAGAACGAGAACGUCAGCACUGUCAUCCUGGGUGCGACAAAGGUGGAACAGAUCAUCGACAACUGCAAGGCCAUCAAGCUGUUGGAGAAGCUCGACGACAAGACCAUGCAGGAGAUUGAAGAGAUCCUUGACAACAAGCCCUCUCCGCCAGCUAACUUUGGACGGUCGAGAUAG